UGGAGUUGAAUCUUGCCUUAGUUGCAUUAUGUUUGAUCAAGGACCUACAACAACAUCAACAACACCAACCCAAACAAUAUAAACUAAUAGUAAUGUUAAUCUACAAAGAGUCAACCUCAAUUUCAUCAACAAGAAACGAAACAAUUUAAAAUUAAUUGUUAACCAUCAAUCCAUCAUUGACUGAUUAAUAAUCCGUCUUUAAAAAAAAAUCAAAAUCGUGAAACCAUUCAACUAGUUUACACAACGUUGCUAAAUUGUAAUCAUCUAAAUAACAAUUGGAUUUAUAAGAUUUGUUUAUAACCAACAACAGAAUCAUCAUCAACACCAACAACAACACUGACAACAACAACAACUACAUGAGUGUAUUUUGUUUACUGUGAUUGAUUGAAUUGUUGUUGUUAUUGUUUAGUUUGUCUUGUGUGAAUCAAGUUGAUUAAUUGAUUUGAUUGAUUUUCUUUUGUUCGCUUUUCCUUUUCAACCAAUUAAAUAAUCAACAUGACAACAAAUUGUAUUGAUAUUUUAGAUGAGGAAACAUGUGAUUACUAUUACGGUUGUAUUUCCAGGGAAACAGCUGAGUACAUACUCUGGGAUAAAGGUUGCAUUGAUUCAAUGUUUCUCAUUAGGAAAUCCAAUUCAGAUUAUGUGCUUUCAUUAUGCUACCAGAAAAGCAUUUUACAUUAUCGGAUAUCGUACCUUGGUAAUGGUGAGGUUAUGUUACAUGGGCUUGAGGCUCAAAAGUUUUCCUCCAUUGAGCAUCUUUUAGAAGGUGUUGAAGGGCUUGCCAUUAAACCCUCUCUUCCCUGUGAACGGUCAACCGGGUGGCAAUUACCACCAACUUAUUGGGGAUUAACGGUUAGUGAGAUACGUUCAUCAAUCAUCAAGAAAUCUCAUGAAUGGGGUUUCACCGAGGCAUUGGUCACCUUUCCCAUUGAAUAUCUUUCACUUGGUAAUGAUGAUUAUAACCGUUGUAUCCUAACCGAAGUGACCAAAUCACUAAUCAAUAAAACCCUCCAUGAGAUCCAACCAUGGUUCCAUGGUAAACUAACCAGAAUGGAGGCGGAAAAAUCACUUGAAGAGAGUGGCCACAAGGAGGGAAAAUUUCUAAUUCGAGAAAGGGAUCAAUCAAGUUACGCCUUAUGUGUUAGCCAUGAAGGUACAGCUAAACAUUAUCGAAUUGAUAUUCUUGCCUCAGGAGAACUGGCUAUUCAGGAUGGACACAAGUUUCCAUCAAUAAUGUCGCUGGUCAGUCAUUAUACUGUUUUCACCGAUGGCCUAUGGACUUCAUUAGGUGAACCCUGUCCACAUUUGAUGAUAACCAAUAACUGUGCUUACAUUAAUCCAAACAAUAAUAAUAAUCUUAAUCCAGUUAAUCAGAUAACAAGUGAACUUAUUUUAACAAACAACAACAAUGAUAAUGAAAAUAGUAAUAAUAAUAAUACCCUUAGGCAUCAACAACAUUUAACCGUAACUAAUAAUAACAAUAAUAACAACAUAAUGAGUGGAGUGCUAACCUGUAGGCGUAAUCAUACCCACCUACAACAUCAACACCAUCAGCAACAAUAUCAAUUACAACAAUCAGCAUCUCAGCAACAAUCAACUAAUUAUCGAUCCAUAUCAACUGAACGUUCCCGUAAUCUAAUUAAUAGUAAUCAUAAUAAUAGUUCAAUGAGAAUGCGGAAUAAUUUAACAGCAUCUUCAUCAUCAACAUCAACCCACUCACAUCCAACCUCAUCCUCUUCUCAUCACCAUUCAAGUGUUAAAUUAAAAGAUUGGUUAUCAACAAUUAACCAUAAAUGGAGCCAACUAAUUUCAGCGGUUACACCUAAAAAUGAUCUAUCCAAUUCAGUUAAUCAUAAUAAUAGUCAUGGUCAUCAAUUAAGUGUAAAUAGGUUAGCCCGUCGUGGUCAUCAUUUCUCAACCUUACCUCGUAAUCAUUUUCUUAAUCAAAAUAAUCAUCUUUCCCAUCAUUUUAAUUCAACUUCACAACAACAUCAUCAUCUUAAUCAUCUUCAACAAUCCCAGCAUCAUCCGAAUAACCAACGAUUACAUGAUUAUCAACAGCAAUCAUUUAACCAUCAGCAAUCACUUUAUGAUUUUGCCAAUAACGGUCAUCAAAAUUCAUUAAACUUUCGUUCAUUGAAUGUUGAGAUUAAUUCACCUUGGAUUAAUAAUCCUAAUCACAAUUUCCUGUUAAACAGAGGAAAUAAUUUCAAUUCUAAUCAUGUUAAUUUAUUGAGAAAUACCCAUGGGACUAAUGAGAUUGUAACAGAAUCAAAUCACUAUCAGGAAACUGAUUUAUUUCCAAGGCGAGAGAUUAACAAUUCAAAUCGAAACGUUAAAGAUGAAAUCGAAAGUGAUUCUAAUCAUCAAGUACCAUUUAUAACCAAUAAUCUUCACCAGCAUCAUAAUAACAACAAUAAUAAUCUACUAUCAACCUUUAAUUGUCCCAGUAAUCAGUUGAUUAGCUCAACAUCAAAUGGAGUGACAACAUUUAUCUCUACACAACAACAACAACAACAACAACAACCCACCAACAACCUUUCACUUGGCAAUAGUUUAAAUGGUGUCGAGUAUGUCAAAGGUAAACCUAAUGGUGGAUUCAAGGUUAAUGGUACCUCAGGACCUUAUCUAGUUAAGGGAAUCAUUAAAUCAUCAAGUGUUGAAGAUAUUUACACAGCAACAACAAUUAGCCAGAAAAUUUUAAUCUCACCUUUUGAUGAUGAAAUUGUCGUUAAUCCAGAUAAAUUGAAUAGUCAAGAUAAUGAUAAUGAUAAAGUUAAUCAGUUGCCUAACUCAUCGUCAAUCCUAAUCCCACCUCUUCCAGUGCCUAGAAAAAGUAAACCAGGUACAACUGAUACAAUUAAAUCAAUUGUCCAAUAUGCCAAUCAAGAGAUAAUUAAGUUACAACGUAAAUCAUCAUCAUUAGAUGAUUGUAAUGGAAAUGAUGAUGAUGAUAAUCAUCGUUCAGAUUUAUUAUUAUUUGAUGAGAUUGUUACUGAAGAUGAGAUUGAUGAUGAUCAAUUGAAAUUACAUCAACAUUGUAAUCAACAGAUUAAAACUUUAAUUGAAUUGAUUACCGAUGGUUAUUUUAAUCAAACCUUUAGGGGAUCAAAUUGGCCAACAUCACCUCAUGUUAAUACAACAGUAAAUACCAAUGAGAUUAUCCCACUAUCAUCAUCAUCAUCAUUAUCAACAACAACACUAACAACAACAUCAACCAAUCCCUUUACUCCUUCAAUGUCAUCUUCAAUAUCACCAACAACAACAACAACAACACCUUCAAGUUGCCUUAACAAUUUAAAUGCCUCUAAUUGUGCCCAAUUAGUAGUUAGUACUAAUGAAAUUAAUCAUAACUCCCGUCCAAAUGACAAAGUAACAACAUUUUCAGCCAGCAUUACCACUACGACCCCGACUACUACCUCAACAACAACAACAACAACAACCACAUCAACACCUUCAAUUACAGCAGCAACAACAACACCAACAAUACCAAGUGAAUCUGUGAUUCAAUCAAAGUCUAUCUCCUCUGAACUGAAUUCACUGAAAACACCAUCAGAACCACCGAGUUCAUCUUCAUCAAUUCCCAAUGAAAGUAACAUUGAAUUUCUCAACAAGUGCUUACAAAAAGUUAAUUGUUCAUCACCAACCCAUCAAGAUGAUAAUCAUAAUCCAAAUUACGAAGAGAUUAAUGAAGAAUUGAUGAAAGAGAUUGAAGCAACUCGACCUUCAAUUGAAGUUCUGAGAGAAUUUGAUUUGUGCUUCUUACCAACGUCCGAUGAUAAAAGACGCUCAAGUGAACCUAAUAUAUUAAGUGAAUCAGCUAAUGUUAUUAAUAAUAAUUGUUCAUCUCAAAUUGGACCGGAAAUCAGACAAAAAUGCAAUAAACUUGGUUUAUUGGGAUCAACAAAGAAUCAACAACCUUCAUCAUCAACAACAACUCAUUGGACAUCAAUUGAUGCUUCCGGUGUUAUAUCAAUGUAUGAUUAUGAUGCUCUCAAGUUUGAUCGUGAGUUCAUUGUCAAGGAAGCCUCAUUGGGUCUAACCAGCCUUCAGUCCACUUCGUCGGGAUCUCAAGUUAAACUAAAUGAACUUGACCUUAUUUGCCUUGAGGAGGAUCCGGAAGAGGUGAAUAAAAGCUUAACCCGUUAUAGACAAGGACCAAUAUCACUCGAUCCAAAGUUUAUUACCUUACAAAAGCCCUUGGGCAAUGGCUAUUUUGGUGAGGUUUUCUUAGGAACCAUUCCCUCCUCAUCAGGUUGUGCCUCGAUUCAAGUUGCAGUCAAAGUUUUGAAACUCAAAGCGAUUCCCAAUCAUAAGAGUGAAAUCUUAAGAGAAGCCCAAACCAUGUCAGCCUUAGAUCAUAAACACAUCGUCAGAUUAAUUGGUGUCUGCGAGGUUGAUCCAAUCAUGAUUGUUAUGGAAUUAGCACCAUUGGGACCAUUGAAUCAAUAUUUACUUGACCAUGGGUUUGUGGUCACUAUUAAGGACAUAAUUGCCCUUCUCUUGCAAGUUGCAAUGGCGAUGCAAUACCUUGAAAGUAAACAAUUUAUCCACCGUGACCUUGCGGCAAGAAAUGUACUAUUGGUGAACGAAAAGUUUGCCAAAGUUAGUGACUUUGGCAUGUCAAGAGCACUUGGAAUUGGUAAAGAGUAUUAUAAGGCUAAAAGUGCGUCCAAAUGGCCAUUAAAAUGGUACGCACCCGAAUGUAUCUAUUAUUUCAAGUUUAGUACAAAAUCUGAUGUUUGGUCUUAUGGUGUUACCAUGUGGGAAUCUUUAUCCUAUGGACAGAAACCAUAUGAGGGUAUGGAUGGUCAAGAUAUAUUAAGAUUAUUCCGUGAAAAUCGUCGACUUCCUAAACCAGAAAACUGUCCACAAGAAAUAUAUCAACUCAUGUGGAAAUGCUGGCAAUUCAGGCCUGAAGAUCGUCCAACUUUUUCUGAGAUAUGUCAAACCAUGACAACGUAUUUUCUUUGCUCAAAUAUUUGAUAAAAAUGUUCUAAAGAGAGAAAAAAGUUUCCAGGAAAAUGUAAAGAGGUGAAAGGUCGUGAAAAAAUGGAAACUGAGGCAAUAAAGUGAAAAUUCUGAGCGAGAGGAAUUGUAUCACAUUAGAUUAGCAACAAUCAAGCUACCAAGAGGAAGGAAAAUGAAACGAUUCACUGAAUGAGAUAUUAAAUGGAGAGAGGAAAACGUCAAUUUCAAUUCUGCUAAUUUGCUAAAUUAUCAUCAUCUCCAUUCAGUUCUAUCACCAUCUUCACCAUCAUCAUGCAAAUGGAUCGAGAAACAUUCAAUUCUGAAUACAAUGUAUCUAAGUGAUCAUCAUCAUGGAAGAUACAGAAAAAAAAACUCCAACUGGAAACAAUGGAAACGGAUGUUAACUUUUCAUAAUUAAUGUAAAUGCUCAUCAAAAGAUUCAUAUAAAUGCUACUUGAGCAUGAACAGUUAUCCUCAUCAUCACCAUGAGACAAUUUUAAUCAGGGGCUGAGUAGGAUGCUGGAAAUAAUUUAUAUUCAAUCGGAUUAAUAACAACACUUUUUGACUAAAUUUUACUACUUAUUUUUUUCCUCAAGUUGAUUUAUCGUUUUGUAUCAGAUGAAAAUACGAUUUGGUUAAUCAACUAAUUCAUCGUUAAUCUAGAAAGGUUAAUCUUAUGUAAUAUAAUCUGAAAAAUCUUGUAAUUAUCCGAUGUAAAUUGUUAUGUAUUAAAUUUGAAUUUAAAAAGUAAA